CACCUUUGCAUACAGCGGGAAUUUUUUUAUUUUUUUCGGUGCAUCGGUCAAAAGAGCCUUUUGUGACUCAAAUUUCCAAUGACCGCACUGACUUUGGACUUUUUGGAUUUGAUUCAAGCAAAACCGGGUCGGCUGGGUUUGUGAUCGACCUAUUUACGCACAUGGUUCAUUCUAGCCAAGGAUCGCUUCCCAGGCCAGGGGAUAUAGCAGCAUCUCCGGGACCUGUAGCAUGCUUUCUCACCGGCAUGGCCGCGAUUCUUAUGGGGUACUCGGUGUAUUCUCACUUGAAAACGCUUCACGAUCGUAAUACAGCUCCGAACCGACGUCGACGCCGUGCUCUUGAGCUUAGUAGUGCAAGAGCAUUAGAAGAUGCCAUUCCGAUCAAGUCGCUCGCCUUGUUAACGCAAUCGACCAAUGUCAACAUACAGAACAGUGCGGUUAAGAUCGUGUUUGAGCGAGCCAUGUCAGAGGAAUACUUGCCUUCCAUUAUUGAAGCGUGUAAAAAAGAGCAACCUAUAGAGUCUCGAUCCAAAGCAUUGGCGGUAUUGCAACUGUUAACUCGACGUGAUCAAAAUAAAACAGCACUGCUUAGUGCAGGUGCUCUGCCAGUGCUAGUCGAUGCCCUGAAAUCGACAGAACCGGGAAUGGCGGAAAUUACCCAGCGAUACGUUGCGGUAGCAAUCUGUGACUUGAUCCAGGGCAGUGAUCUAAACAAGCAUUUUAUCAUUGAGAUGGGGAUUCUCGAUGCGGUCAAGCGGAUAUUGACCUCCACUACAAUUCGCAACAAUGAGCUAAAAUACUGGACGCUCAUGGUGUUGUACCAAAUCUCGCUCACAGACCCUUUUCCCAAGAUCCUGAUUUCCGGUGGAUUCGUCAAAGUGCUUGCAAAAAUGGCUCGCAUGACAUACGGCAACACCAACAUGCCGAAGUUUUGUAUGCAAAGCCUUGUCCGCAUCGUUGCCAACGUGGAUAUUAUGGAAGCCAAGAAAAUUCUGAACGAAUUGCUAGAUUAUCGAAUUGUGGACCUGAUCUCGGUUUGUUUGCGAAGUGACGAUGUGGAGCUGAUUUACUGGGCGGCAGGGUUGAUGCAUGAAUUUGUGCUUAAAGAUGUGGCAGCCGGUAAAUUUCGCGACAUCAAGGGCGUUCAUGUCAUCCUGGCCGGCUUAUUGUCCGCGGAAGAAAUGUAUAUCUCACGUGUUGUCUUGCGAACUGUCAAAUUCAUGGCCUAUGGUCAAGAGAAAUUCCGACAAGACAUGGUUCGUGCGGGCAUGGUCAAGAAGAUUAUGCAUUGUUUGACUCUGGACGACGAUGAUGUCCGUUACUGGGCAAUCCUGUGUAUCCACGCUGUCGCCGGUCAAGUGGAAUCUCAUAAAGAAAUCCUCAAUGCCCCUGAAUUCGACUUGUUACUGGAACUGGCGGCUUCCCAUAAAAUUCAUGUUGCGGUUUUCGUGUCUGAUAUCUUAUCCUUGAUUUGUUGUAUUACGAGUAAUAAUGCGCACAUGGAAGCUCAUCUGGACAACAUCAUUGAUACGCUGAAUACGCUCAUGGGAAUGGAAGAGCUGGAGGUGCAGUACAAUGCUGCUGGAGCCAUCUUUAACGUGAUGGCGAUGCGUGGUGAUUUUGCGGCUGAAGUGCGUAAGAAAUGCUUGGAUACCAUUAUUUCCAUGUGUAUCUCGUCCAACCAUGAACGGGUGCAGUUGACGUGUGCCAAGGCUUCCUUGAUGUUGUCGAUCAAAUAUCCAUCGCUCGUACCGCGGGUUUCGUUGCAAGUCGUCGAACCUUUGAUCACCGCUUACGUCCGUAUAGCGCACCGUUUAUUACCUAUUAUUAUGAUGCAAUCGUUGGUCUCGGCUUUAAAAAAGGAUGUCGCGGUGGCAGGCGCUGGUCGUCUGUCCGUUCACGACAAUACCGAUAUCGAAGGACUUUUCGUUCCGGAUUACAUCAAUGUGAACGCUGAAGGGACCAUUUCCAACGCAUCCCGUCUGGAGGAAAUGCUUCAGAACUCGUCGAGACAUAACCGAAUCGAAAUGCUGAAUAACAACGACAUUCUUUUACCCUCCAAUCUCUCGAUUUCGGCCGAGCCACCUACGAUUGAGAACCCACCUUUCGAAGGACAGCCAGCCUCAUCAUCAAGCUUAUUCGGAGCUUCAUCGUCUUCAUCGUCUGUAUCGUCUUCGGGCUCUUCGCCCUCUCCUUCUGACCGUAUUUCCGCUUUUAUGGACUUUGAACUGCCUACCGUCCUUCGCGUCCAGUUUGUUGGCGCUCAAAGUGCGUUGAGCGUGCUGUUAGAGAACGACGAUAUUGUGGAUACCUUGGUUACCGGCAGUGUGCUUGAACGGCUGAUGGCGGAUAUGGCCGAACUGGAAGCGGGUCUAGGAGAUGGCGUGACAAGUUUGGAAGAAAGGGAGCCUGCUGCGCCGCUUCGUCUAGCCGAUUACAAUACGGCUUCAAUGACGGCCGGCAACGAAGUGGUGCCGCUGCCAGACUCGGUUCGACAGUUGACGGAAAUGCUCGUGUUUAUGGCUUUAUAUCCUGUGCUGGAUCACUGGUGCUUACAUGUAUGCAAAAACAUCAACUUGGAUAAAAUGGACGAAGUGGCGGCCAAGAAUGCUUAUUACGAAGUGCUUCCUUGGAUCCAACGAUCGGUGAGCGUUAUGGUCGAUCCGCGUUCUCCGCUACGACCGCCUCGACCGCAAACAUACGCUCCCAGUGAUUCCAGUAGCGAUUCGGAAGGUACGCAAGACGGCUUCAGUGCGCAGCGACCCGUCGAGUCCGCCGCCGAACGAUUGGGCGAGACACGACGUCGAGGGGAAGAAAAGGAACUGCUAAGAGCCAAAGGUCGGUCUGCAGGCUAUUCCAAAUUGUACGCCGGAUUUGCCAGUCGUGCGAUUUUAGUACUUCGCUCCCUUUUACGAUACCCUUCUCUGCGUUAUUAUCUCAUCUACGAGAUGAACUUUUUAGAUGUUCUUAUGUAUAUAUUCCACCAUUGUCCAUAUUUCUCAAGUCAUGUUCUUACAUGUCUUGGUAUUCUGAUCAACUCAGACCCACAUUAUAUUUUACCGGAGCACUUGAUUCCUGUGGUGGCCAUCAGUGUUUGGAAGACGAUAUUGGGCUCUACAAUGCAGAAAACGUCGUCGCGAUUUUAUGCAAGAUUGAUCAUGAGUUACACGAGCCGAUGUACCCACUCUCAUGAGGAUACGGCGGCUGACGGAAAUCCAUGCGAUUUUGCUGAAUUGGACCUGGUGGCGCAUUCCCGAUUUUGUGUGAUCAACUAUGAAACGCGUCUUGAGGUGCGUAAUGAUGCGUGGACGUUCGAAACUGUUCGCGGGACGCAUCCCGUUCCGGCAAGGCACCAUGACGAUGACGAUCAACGUCCAACCAAAUACGCCUAUGAGGUGGUCUUGGGCACCGCCGGACUCAUGCAAGUCGGAUGGGUGAACAAGGCUUGUCAAAUCGACCCUGAAGGUGGCACGGGCGUCGGUGAUGAUAACGAAUCGUACGGUUUCGAUGGUUGUCGAGCCAAAAAGUGGCAUGGCCGAUUCCCCACUGGGCGUUCCUCCUAUGGAUUGGAAUGGGGAGAAAAUGAUGUAAUUACGUGUGCUUUGGAUAUGCAGCAGGGCCAUAUUCGUUAUUACAAAAACGGAGAGGAUAUGGGGAUCGCAUUUGAAAAUGUACCCACCGAUCGCGACUGGUACCCUGCCGCAUCGCUUUCUACCGGUCAACAGUGCAUGUUCCGUUUUGGUGGUUCCAUUGACAGUUUACAGUAUCUCCCGGAAGGCUAUACGCCUAUGGCGGAGUUGGCAAGGCUCAAGCCAAUCUCAGUGGUAUCUUCUCCGGCGGACAAUGAAGAGAACACCGCGGAAACGGGCGAAAAGACGACGCUGGAAGGAUUAGCGAUUCAUGCUAUAAGCAGUAUCGAGGAAAAUGAUAUUGCGGACUUGGCCGAAGCCAUGGAACGUAUGCGGGUAACUUCGCCGGCGUCGGCCGCUCCGCCACCAGAGGAGCACGUGAAAACGACCCAAGCGAUUCCCGAGAAUGAAGCAAGCGAGAAUCAGGACACGAACCAUGACAGUGGAUCGGCCGUAGCUCGGAAUACGCUUGAGGUCCGUUUCCCAGGCACCAAAAACUAUUAUGCUCCGCCUUCACUGUAUUUCGAAGUCGCCAUUGCAUACCAUCAGGAAAAGAUUGAUCUCUUGUAUCCGCGUCAAGAACAAGCGUCGCUUAUUAUAGGGUUGCAAAGUCUUGGAUCGCACAGCAAUGUCGAACUGGUAUAUGACUAUCAGCAGAAACAGGCGCAACUGUAUCAGGGACAAAUGCAUCGCUCGGAACCAUUUUCCAUGACGAUUAUGGAUGGUGAUUGCAUAGGUUUAUUCUUCAACGAAGAGAACCAGCAGCUCGGAAUUACCUGGAAUGGAUCUGUUUACGCCUUUGUUCCGCUCGUCAAGGAGGAGGAGAAAUUCAGACCUUUUGUACCGUAUAAAUUGGGCAAUGCAAAGAUGGAUAUCAAUUUUGGAGAGAAGCCGUUUUCAUGGCAACGGGCCAAUACGUUGACUUGCAAAGGAAGAUUGACAAGUUAUCUCAGUCGAUUACUAGGGCAAUAAAAAAUAGAAACCCAA